UGGCAUCUAGAGGAGCUCUACCGGUUUUGUUGCAAUUGCUGCUCGUCCUUGUUACAAGAUGACGGAGACGACUGAGAGCCACACACCGCUCUGGUGGAAGUCCGCAAUCGUAUAUCAAGUUUAUCCCGCUUCCUUCAAAGAUUCUACCGGAAAUGGCUCUGGAGACUUGCGCGGCAUCACUUCCAAGCUGGAUUAUCUGAAGGCUCUUGGUGUGGAUAUCGUCUGGCUAUGUCCAAUCUACAAGUCUCCGCUAGCCGACAUGGGGUAUGAUAUCACCGAUUACCAAGAUAUUAAUCCUGCCUUUGGUACACUUGUUGACUGGGAAGACCUCCGCGACGAGAUACAUAAGCGCAAGAUGAAGAUCGUCAUGGAUUUGGUAGUAAACCAUUCCUCGGACGAGCAUCCCUGGUUCUUGGCAUCCCGAUCCUCAAAGGCAGACCCAAAGCGCGACUGGUAUUACUGGCGACCUGCCCGAUAUAUUGAUGGUGUCCGAAAACCACCGAACAACUGGCGCUCAGUCUUUGGAGGUUCUGCCUGGGAAUGGGACGAGAUCACACACGAGUACUAUCUGCAUGUCUUCGCUAAGGAGCAACCCGAUUUGAACUGGGGUAAUCUUGAGUUGCGCCAUGCCAUCCAGGACAUGAUGACCUGGUGGAUUAAGAGAGGUAUCGAUGGCUUCCGUUUGGAUGCGAUCGUAUGUAUCAGCAAGACCCCGGGAUUGCCUGAUGGUGCCAUUACUGAGCCAGAUCAAGAAUACCAACUUGCUCGAGAGCAUAUGAUUAACGGUCCAAUGCUACACCCUUACUUGCAAGAACUGUAUGCUAAAACUCUGGAUGGGCACGAUUUGUUCACAGUCGGUGAAGUCAAUCUCUGCACUUUAGAAGAUGCGUUUAAGUACAUUAACCAAGAUCAGGACUCGAAGGAGUUGCAAAUGAUCUUCAAUACUGAACAUCUUGACCUCUACGGAGGGUUCGACACUGGUACACCACCUCCACGCGACUUACCACGGUUCAAGACGGCUAUCUCCACCUGGCAGACCUGGAUGCACGAGCACGGCGGAUGGAACAGCCUCUUCCUUGAGAACCACGAUCACCCUCGUAGCCUCAUUCGAUUCAUGUCUGAAGUGCCGGAGUACCGUCAGUUGUGUGCCAAGGCGCUUGCCUUAACGUUGUGCACAUUAUCGGGAACCCUGUUCAUCUACCAGGGACAGGAAAUCGGCAUGAUCAACUUGCCAAGGGAAUGGGGGAUCGACGAGUAUCUCGACAUUGCCACCCAGAACUGGUACAAAGAACAAUUGGUCAAGCGACAGAAGGAAACUGGCGAAACCAGUCCGGACAUGUCCGACAAUUCCGGCCUUCCGAUGCAGUGGGACGCCUCUCUCAACGGAGGGUUCAGCACCGGCAAACCUUGGAUGCGUGCUGGCCAGGAUGCGGAACUGUGUAAUGUCGAGAAGCAGGAAGCGGAUCCCAAUAGCGUGCUCAACUUCUGGCGAAAGCUGAUACACUUACGCCAGGAAAGCCAACUUCUAGUGUAUGGCGCUUUCGAGCAAAUCGAAUUUCCGGGUGCGGAAAACGCAGUCUUCGCAUAUAUUCGACGACUGGAUGACAAGGCAGCAUUUGUUGCCGUCAACUUCAAGGAGGAAACGGCGGUCCUCGACAUCGCACCGCUCUCUUUCAAACUGGGAAACCUCAUUAUCGGGAACUAUGGGGAGGUGACUUCGACUGCGCCUCUGCGGCUCAGUGCAUAUGAGGGAGUCCUAUUCGAGUUAGCGGUUUGA